UUAUUGUGAUUAUUAUUUAGUUUAGUACUUAUAAGUUUUAUUCAGCUUAGUAUGCACAUGUUCAGUAACUAUUAGUUCAGUUAACAUAAGCUCAAUCACAUUAUAUUUUACAUUGUCUUACUUUUUAUCUUCAAUAUCAACCACACAAUUUGCCGGUUUUAAUGAUUGGCUGGUCUCGAUUUUGUACCAUCUUUGGUUCCUGUCUCUAGAUGUCCUGGAAAUUGUAAAAACAACAUUUAAAAAAAAACAUAAAUGGAAUAAAAGUGGGUAAUUAAAUGACAGGUAACCAGUUGGUGGUCCUGGCACUGGAGAGACUGCCUUACACUUCUGCCUCAUUGUAAAAGACCGUGGUUCUUGCUGGAUCCAUGUCAGUAGUAAAAAGUAAAAGUGACAAGGUCUAAUAAGCAUGUCUAUAACUACUAUGAUCUUAUGUUUGAGUGUUUAAUUAUGCACAUCACUCAAAAUUAUGGUAUGUUACAUUUUCUGCAAUUUUAUUUAAUGUCUUGUUUUUCUUUCUUCACUUGUAAUCACCUAAUUAUUAUUGUUUUGUGUCAACUGUGUAUAAAACAAAUUUAAAGCAUGUUUAAGGGCAUAUAGGAAGGCAUCAAAUAAGGAUUAUUCAAACCGAAGGCAAUUAUCAAAGUUUCAACUUUUCCCAUUUAUAUGGACUAGCAAAUGAUCCAUUGUCCCAUAUAUACUGAUACUGUUAUCUGUUAGUCCAAAACAAGAAAUCGAUACACAGUAUUAUCAUUGCGAUAUGAGUUUUAUCAUUCUAAAAGUUGCAUGGGUAAAUAAAAUUGCAUCACAGCUCCAUUAUACCACAGAGGGUGGUACCACCUUUUCUACCAAUACAACCCAAGUUCAGCUGUGUGGGUGGAAAAUAUCACAUGGGGUCAUGCAGUAUCAAAAGACAUGAUUCACUGGCUCCAUCUGCCACGGGCAAUGGUCCCUGAUCAGUCCUAUGACUUGCGUGGUGUUUGGACUGGCUCUGCCACAACCCUUCCUGAUGGACAGAUCAUGGUGGUCUACACUGGGAACACAGAUGUGCAGGUGCAAAAUCUUGCAUAUCCCGCCAAUCUUUCUGAUCCCCUCCUCCUUAAAUGGACCAAGUAUCCGGGUAACCCAGUUAUUAUUCCUCCACCCGGCGUUGGUCUGUUGGAGUUCAGGGACCCGACUACGGCUUGGGCUGACCAGAAAAAUGGCCACUGGUUUCUAACUAUAGGGUCCCAGCUUAAUAAAACAGGUGUUGCAUUUGUUUAUGAAACUGCUGAUUUUAAAAGAUAUAAGCUUUUGGAUGGAUUCUUGCAUUCGGUUCCGGGUACAGGUAUGUGGGAGUGUGUGGACUUUUUCCCAAUUUCAUCCGUCUACGAAAAUGGGUCUGGCCAAUCAAUUAAUGGGUCGGGUAUCAAGCAUGUCCUCAAGGCUAGUUUGUACGAUGAAACACAUGAUUAUUAUGCUAUUGGUACGUAUGACCCUUUAAAGAAAACGUGGACACCCGAUUAUCCACAAUUGGAUAUAGGUAAGGGGUUGAGAGUUGAUUACGGGAAAUGUUAUGCAUCAAAGACAUUUUAUGACCAGAACAAGCAUAGAAGAAUUUUGUUUGCUUGGAUUGGGGAAACUGAUCCUAAAGAUGUUGACAUUGCAAAGGGUUGGGCAUCUGUCCAGGGUAUUCCUAGGACGCUUAAUUUUGACAAAAAAACUGGGAGUCAUCUGCUUCAGUGGCCAAUUGAAGAAAUUGAGAGCUUGAGAUUAGGUGAUCCUGUAGUCACUGAGGUGAAUCUUCAACCGGGUUCACUCUUGCCAAUCAAUGUUUCAAUGGCUACACAGCUAGACAUUACUGUAUCAUUUCAAGUGGAUAAGGGGGCUCUUGAAGCUGCAUCGAAGGACGAUAACUCUAUGUACAACUGCAAUAAUAGUGGUGGCUCUGUUAACAGAGGCAUUUUGGGGCCAUUUGGUAUGGCAGUUGUGGCGGAUGAAACUCUGACCGAGCUUACACCAGUUUAUUUCUAUAUUGACAAAGGUGUUAAUGGGAAUGGUGAGACUCAUUUCUGCACUGACUUGACAAGAUCAUCACAGGCUUCUGGAGUUGAGAAAGAAGUUUAUGGCAGUACUGUACCUACUUUUGAUGAAGAAAUAUACUCUGCAAGAAUAUUGGUUGAUCAUUCAAUUGUGGAGAGCUUUGCCCAAGGAGGAAGAACAGUUAUAACAUCAAGAGUAUAUCCAACUCAAGCUAUUUAUGAAGCAAGAAGAGUGUUCUUGUUCAACAAUGCCACUGGGGCAAGUGUUAAAGCAUCUGUGAAGAUAUGGCAAAUGCAAUCAGCUGACAUUAAGCCUUUCCCCUUUUAAUCUGGAGUAAGGCCUACCGUGUGGGUGUUUUUCUGUGUUUAUAAGCUGGUCAAAACUGUUUAUAAAUUGUUUUUAACUUAUAAGUCAAUUGACGACAUCUUUUUCUGUGCUUAUAAGCUGGUCAAAAUUGUAUAAAUCAGAUAAAUAAGUAUGCCUUAACUACUUAUUUUUAAGCCAGUUUUUUUGUUUUGACCAUAUUAUUUCCAAAUGCUUAUCUAUCAUUGAAGUCAUUUUAUUUCCACGAAAGAAUAUUCGGCUUAUAUAUUAAAAACUGCUUAUAAGUAAGAAAUUAAUAAGGACCGG